CCGCAAAAUAGACACUGUGGACGAAUUUCAGGCCUAUCCGGCUAUUGCAUUAUUCACGUUCUUCAGGGCAGGUUUAUAGGACACUUGUCCAGCGGUGAACCCUAUUCCGACCUGUCCUGACUCAAAUACACGCCCCCUCAAACGCCUCACAAAACAGCUUCUCGUCAUCAUGCUUCCCAAAGACCUUAAGCAUCAGAUCCGGAAGAUACGAGGUACCGAAAUUACACAUGCCGACAUUCAGGCUCUUCUUCCUUCUGAAAGCCAGAGAAAGAUCACUGGUACAAGUAUCAAUGCAUACGACGCAUGCACGGAAGACAUGCAUGAAGACAGAGAUUUCUGUAUAUUUAAUUCGUGGAUCGUGCCAAUCGCAUCUGGCCAAGGCGUGACAUGGGUCGACCUGGGUCAUACCUGCACCCAACCCACGGGUACCAAAAAUUUCAGAGGCCUACCUGUACCUGCAUGGGUAAGAGCAUCGCAGGUAUGGGUCAACCUGCGACCCAACCUGCAGGUGGUACGGGUCACCCACGGGCUGAUUUUACAGAAAGUAGUACGGGUAUAUGAGGCUUUUUGGGCUUGA